AUGGUUCGUCAUGCUCUGUCGUUCUACAUUCUCCUUACGCUUGCUGUUGCUUUUGGUGGUUCAACAACAACAUAUUCAAGUCAACUUGAAGAAAUGAUUCUCUAUUUAACAAAACAACCAAUUACUGAUUAUGAAUCAUAUGGAUGUUGGCUUAACGAUGGUGCAGAAACCGAAACUCAAACAAAUACAAGUCUAGUUGCAGCAGAAGCCUCUGAUGAUAUCACCGACGAAAAGUCACAAAAGUUACCCGCAUUAUUUACAAUUAAUCGAGUCGUUCAUCCUCGUGGCUGUCCAAAAACAACAAAAAAGUACACUCAGUUUUACAAAACAACUACAUCAACAAUAAUUACCGAUAGUCUGUCUUUUACUGUGCCACAAACACUAGAAGCAGAAAAGUCCGAUGAACCAGAUUCACCAGCAUAUAUGAGUAGCACUUCAAACAACAAUUCCAGUGAUCGAACAGCAAUUGCCAGUACAUCAGUCUUGUCUUCAUCACCAAAUCCACUACCACUUCCUACCAAUACCAAUGUUCUAACAGAAAAUGAAAAUUUAUUAAAUGGGAAAAAACCAAUAAUUCGUACAGUUAAAGCGGGUGCGUAUUAA